AUGGCACCCAGUGGUCGGCUUGGGUGCGGCAGAGUGGGGCUUCUCAGCGUCACUGCCAGCAUCAUUAUACUAUUGGGUUUGAUCCCCGCGACUUUUGAUAUGAUCGCAACUCGGGGUGUCCUUCCCAUCCGGGUCCGGUCGGCUGUUAAUAGCAUUCCAGUCUUCAACUCUCAUCCACCUUACACCGUGUCUGACCUUCCCGAUAACCUCAACGGUUCUACUAUACUUAUAACAGGAGCAUCGAGUGGUAUUGGAUACGAGGCCGCAAGCCUGAUGGUAGAUAGAGGCGCUAGAGUGGUACUCGGUACGCGAGGGGAUCGGGCUAGAUUGGACAGUUUGCAGGCCUCUCUAGGGCCCGGUGUUGUUGCGCCAACAUCGCUUGAUCUGAGUAGCUACCAGUCUAUUCGUGAGUUCGUUGGUUCCCUGUCUGGAGCGGGUAUCGAUAGAAUCGAUCUUGUCCUGCUGAAUGCGGGUAAGAUGGUUUUGGGGUACGAGGAAGGGGAGGCCGGUAUGGAGAAGAUGUUGGCAGUGCAUCACAUCGGGCAUGCGUAUCUUUUUGAAUUACUCAUGCCGCUCAUGCUCGCUAGUCAGCAUGAGAGCGUACGAAUAGUCAUCGUGUCGAGCUCGGCGCAUCUCUUUUCCUAUGCGGAAGGUAUCCGGUUCAAUUCCACCCCAGACACUUUUGGGCUUUACUUCCAGGCCUACGCGAAUAGUAAAUUAGCGAACGCGUUGUAUGUCCGUGCCCUUUCCCACCAUGUAGAGGCUGCAUACCCAUCUAAAUUCGUCGUCAAUGCCGUCAAUCCGGGCGUAGUGAGCACUCCCUUUGCUUGGUACCACAAGUACGUCCCAUCGCUGUUCUCGGCUACACCACAGGCUGGAGCGGUGUCAGUACUGGCACCUUUGCUUGACUCGAGGACCCAAACUGACGGGUUAGGGUGA